AUGUUCCGGAUAGCCCUCACAUACAUGUAUGUACAAAGAAAAUCCGAAACGAACAGGUCCGACGCGAGGAUGAUGCAUGGGCCUGCACCAACACUGCAGAAUGGCCACCGCGAAAACCAGAACAGACCAGACGCCAGAUCCAGUAGUCCCGACCGGACGGGCCAUGCAGAGCAAAGCGGAUGGACAGAAAAUGAGUUCCGAAUCAUGUCAAUCCCACCAGAAAACUUCGCGGGCAGAGCGCCCCUAGUCCCUGGAUCGACGUUCCUCGCCACUGCCGAUUACGAGACUCGCAACGACCAUUCCAUUCCGCAGGUAUACACCACCCCCACCCACGACGACGAUCAAUCCCUUGCCUGCCAAGGGCUGGCCAACAGUCGGAGAAUUGAGCGAGGCUGGGCCAGAGGCGAGACCGUGGCUGCUGGACUGUACUUCUUCCAUGCGAUAGGAAUUCCCCUGGCAGGGAAGUGGUUGGACCACAGCAGUGUGGAUGGGAGCACAGAGAGAAUUCCCAUAAUGCUCUACUCGUAG